UGGAGACAGCAGUGAGAUGUAAAGACUUCACCUCAGAGGGAGCCGCUCCUGUGAAAGUGGGAGGAGCUGCUCUGAGGGGGGAUCUGCAGAGUUUGUUUUAGAUGAGGCACAUUCUGGUGCAGAGAAGCUGGACGCAGCUGCAGUGAAGCCGAGAUGCCCCACCUGGAUUUCUCCAACACCAUCUGUGCUCCUCUGUUCUGCUUGAUGCUCAUUUGCAUCCCUGGAGGUCACACAGCAAAAUGUCCACAGCAGUGCAUCUGUGACCAGAUCCAGCUCAGAGUGGCCUGUGUGAACAAGAACCUGACCCAAGUCCCUCCCACUGUUGAUGAGAUAACGGUGAAACUGGAUCUUCGAGGCAAUGACAUCCAAGAACUUCCUUCAGGAGCUUUUAAACACACUCCAUACCUGACCCACCUGUCGCUGCAGGCCUGUAACAUCCACAGAGUCAAGGAGGGGGCUUUCCGUGGCCUCGGUCGGCUGGUCUUCCUUAACCUCGCCAACAACAAGAUAGAAAUUCUCUACCAGGAGUCUUUUGAUGGCCUUUCCUCGUUGAAGCAGCUUUUUAUUGACCGUAACCGUGUGGAAGAGAUCCAGCCUGGAGCUUUCUCUCAGCUAGGCUUUCUUAACCUCCUCUCCAUCACACACAACCAGCUGGUCUACAUGCCCAACCUAGUCUUCCAGGGAUUGCAGAACAUCAAGAGUCUUCGUCUCAGUCACAAUUCUCUCAACUACCUGGACACCGAGGCUUUUGCUGGGUUGUUCACGCUCAACAGGCUUAGGUUGGAUCACAACGAGCUGCAGUUUUUCCCUACGGAAACGAUGACAAGACUGCCAGAGGUGACUUUUCUGGACCUUAGCCAUAACCCUAUGACCUAUCUGGGAGAGGAUGCCGUGGUCAUGGCAAAGUUGACCCACCUCUUCCUGGACCACAUGUCCCUGCAGGAGCUGGUCAACACAGCCGUAUCUAAGUCCCCCAAUCUUGUGCACAUGGACAUCAGCCAUAAUCAGUUGCGUGUCCUUCAGCCGUUUUCUGAGGGCUCACCCAAACUGGCACGUCUCAAACUGGCCGGGAACCCCAUCAACUGCAACUGCUACCUGCGUCCACUCAGAGAGUGGGCAAUCCGUCGCAAGGUGAAGCUAUUGGGGACAUGUGGAGGACCAGCCCAUCUCUCUGGAGAGAGUCUGGAGGCCGUCUACCCUAAAGAGCUACGCUGCCAGAGCCAGGAAGCUAUGCUGAAGGCAGAGUUUGAGGAAGCAACCAGGAUAAUUCCACCACCCACCCAAGAGCCGGAAAACAAGAUCAAAUGUCCUGCCAGCUGUGUUUGUGAGGCAGUGACUCACCACUCAUCAUGUGAGAACCGUGGCCACACCAAAGUGCCUCGGGGUUUCUCUCCAGAGACACGUCUUCUUGAUCUGCGAGGCAAUAACUUCCACUACAUCCCAAGCAACAGUUUUCCCGGUGUGGCUAAGGUGGUGUCCUUGCACCUGCAACGCUGCAAGAUAGUGGAUGUGGAGGGUGGGGUUUUCAGCGGCAUGAAAGGACUGAUAUAUCUCUACCUAUCAGAGAACUAUCUCACCUCCCUGAGUCCUGAAGCAUUUAAAGGUUUACCACAGCUGACUUAUCUGCACCUGGAGAAGAACCGCUUUGCUGAUUUCCCCAAAGGAGUCUUUAAAUUGGUGCCCAGUCUAUUAGCGCUUCACUUGGAGAACAAUGCCAUCACCAAGCUGGAGUCUGGAUCCCUGAGUGGAGCCGCCGGCCUAAGAGCUCUAUACCUCACCGGGAACGCCAUCGGGAGCAUAUCGCAAGGUGCUCUGGAUCAGGCAAGUGUUCUAGAUACACUUCAUCUGGGGGGAAACAAGCUGAAGGAAGUCCCAACAGAGGCUUUAACCAAGGCAAGAAACAUCAAGGACCUGAGGCUGUCCAGUAAUUCGAUCCGCUGGGUGGGUCCGAAUGCUUUCAAACCUCUGGAGGGAUCUCUGAAGGAAUUGUAUCUGGACAAAAUGGGGAUAGAGAAGAUGUCUGAGAACUCCCUGGCCGGUGUGGGUCCGACUCUAAGAAGUCUGUUCCUGGAGGGCAAUAAGUUAGAGGAGGUACCGGACUUCCACCAACUCACCUCCUUGGAGGUCAUCAACCUGGCUGACAAUCCUCUGAUGUGCGACUGCCCUCUACUGCCACUACGCUUGUGGAUUGAGAAAGUUAACCUCAAGGUGAGAGCAACCUGUGCUAAUCCUCCUGAGGUGAAGGGUCGAAAGGUCAAGGAUGUCUACGUGUUUAAAGCCUGUCCUGGUGGAGAGGGUCUACCUGCUGAAUCUACUGGCAACACGAGGCCAGGGAAAAAGAUCAAGCGGAGAAUAAGUGUUAUUCAACCAAACAGAGUUAACAGGGGGCAAAAAAAUAGCCUUAUAUUAAAAAGGGUCAGAGUCUGAAAGGAAUCCAA